CAGGGAGGAGUGUCAAAUUCAAUACGAAAACGGAUGUUAUGAAUGAUGAAUGUUUGAAUCUUUGUUCGUAAUUUCUGACUGAAAAGUAUUUUAUCACGAGACUCACAUAAUACUACGCUGCAUUGGAACAUCAAAGAUGUUGAUCUAUGAUGUGUUACAUAAAGAAAAGGUAUAUCAUAUUGUCGCCAGGGAUCUUAGAAGCUUCGGAGUUAAAUAUCGCUUCAAGAAGAGUAUGCUUAAGAGCGAGAGACCCGAGGCAUGCAAAAAUAUCUCUAAGAGAGUUUUCAAGACUGCCCUGUUUUAUCAGCCUUUGGAUAUUGUGAAUUUGUCAUCGGGUGCCAUAGUUCAUGUUCCUGUAUUUGUGAUUCAGGCCUCGACAUUCCUAGAAAAGUAUAUUACUCAGGAAGGCCUCUUUAGAAAAGCUGGCUCUCAGGCACGACAGAAGGAAUUGAUGUCUCGUCUGGAUGGCGGUGGCAGUUUAGGCGAGAAGAAUUACGCGAUUGAUGUCGCUAAUUGCUUAAAAUCUUUCUUUCGCGAUUUGCCAGAGCCAUUGAUCCCAUAUACGUAUCACGACUUGUUUGUGCACUGCGCAUUGCUGAAGAAUUAUCGGGUGCAGGCAUUACUGUUAGCAUGUAUACUAUUACCACCAUAUCACUUAAACACUCUAGCGUUUUUCAUGGAAUUUUUAAAAAAAGUUUCCAUGUAUGAGAAACAAAACAAAAUGAGCAUUGAAAAUUUGGCGAAAGUUGUCGGACCAAAUAUUAUGCCAUUGCACGAUACAUCCAUGUCAGCUGUACAAAACAGACUGCAAAUGCAUUUAACUAUUAUUAAGAUUUUGAUUGAGAAUUCGGAAAAUAUUGGUAUCUUGCCUUCUCAUAUUGCUCAAAGUAUUUCUAUUGAAACAAGUGGUAGCACAGAUAAUGGAUUAGAUUCCUUUGAACAUGGAAAUUCUAAAAAGAAAAAACAUCGUAGUGGAAGUCUUACACGAAUGUUUAAUGGUUUGAAGAAAAUGGUUGGAAAAGGCACAGAUGACACACCUAAUAUGAAUCAUCUACAUCCUGCUAUACAUCCAGUACUAUCUAAUAUAUCUCCAAAUAAAUGUACCAAAAAACGGAAAGUAGUUGAAAGAGAAUAUCCUCCAAGUAUAAAGAAAAAGAGAGUGACUGAAAAAUUGGAUAAAUCGAAAAAAUUAAGACUAAGUUUGGACAAAUUUGUACCUAAGAAUAAGCAAAAGAACACUGAUGAGGACUUAUCAAAUUUAUAUAUGAAUAAUUACAAGUCAUGUAGUGAAAGACGUUGGAGUUCAGUAAGCAAUUCUUUUAUAUAUAAAAUGCGUAAAUAUAACGAUAAAAUAACACAUUUAAGAUCAAUGAAAUAUGACGAACUAUUAAAUAAUGAUUUUCAGCAAGAAUAUGAUGAUAUAUUUAUUAAUGCCACUGUGGAUUUAUCAGAUAAUGAUGAGCAAAACUUGCUUAUAAAUGAAAGUCAUUGCAAAAAUGAAGAGCAAUGGCAUAUGAGUACAAAUUCAAGAAAAUUGGACGCUACAGAUGAAAGCAAUAACAUUUGUUUGAUGCCUGAGGAAAAGACUGAUUUGGAAGAAUUUAAUGCUCUUCUCAAUGCUGACACAAUAUCUUUAUCAAGUGAUCAUUGUGAAGAAGAUUAUGUCAGAAUUUCUAAGAGAGAAUAUGAAGAAAUAAAAAAUCGAGUUUCUGCGAUCGAGUCGCGUAUUUCUCAAGAAUUUGGAUGCAUAUAUAAUGAAGAAAAUAAUAUGACUACACAUUCGGUAAAUAAAGUACAAACAGCGUAUGAAAAAACAUUAGAAGAGGCUAGUAUCGAGAAUACUUUAACAAGUGAUUAUUUAGCAAAAAAAUUAAGUAAGGAAUUAAAAAUUAGAAGAUCAAGAGAACAUAAAAUAAUAAGAUCUCCUAGUGCAAGAAAAAUUGGUUCAUUAAGAAGACGUUCACAGGAGAAAGUCACAAGCAAACGUAUUAGAAGAACUGCAUCAUGGCAUAUUUCACCAGAAUAUAAUUUACAGCACCAUGCUCAAUUCGAAAGACAAGUAAAUGUUUAUCCCAUUGAAAAACAAUCAAAUUUAUUUUCUAAUAAAUAUUUAAAGGAACAGUCCUAUUCUGCAGAAAGAUGUAAUGAACUUAUUUCUAAUAAUAUGAGAGAUGAGAUAACAUGUUUACGUAAUGAGAUGAACGCAUCGAUUUCAGCAGAACAAUACAAAAUUUCAAAUAAUGAUUUGAAUCUUUCUGGAUUUAAAGAUUUACAUUUGACGAAUAACUGUACAACUUCAUAUGUGCGUAGAGCAUCAUCUUUUCAUGGAAAAGACUUUGUAAAUAAUUCAUGUUAUUUUGAUAAAAAAAUAGAUGACUUAAAAAAGACCAAUAGUCAUCAGAACAUAGCCUUAAAUAAUGAUUGUUUACAAAGAGAUAAUAUUAUUUUCGAAGCCUCAAAGGAAAUAUCUUGGAAAGAUGCAGAUAAAUAUUUUCAAUCAGUAUCUCGAACAAACACGCCUGCUCCACAAACUGGUAGAGCAUCAGUUGCAAAGCUUCGAACACAAAAUGCUGGUAUGGUGCUAGCCAAAGCGAAAUUAUUUGAUGAAUGCACAAUGAAAACAUCAGAGUUUUCUUCUGCCAAUGUAUUAAACAAAAAACAGUGUGGUAAUAAUGUAAAUAAACAUUCUCGAAACACAGCUAAAGAAAUAGAUGUAAACACUGAACAUUUUAAGCAAUCAUGUAAAAGGACACAAACUUCUCGAAAACAUUCUAAUAAGGAUUUGAAAAGUAAAGUGCUAUCUCCAAAUGCGUCGGUACAAAUCAAAACACAAAUAAUGGAUGCAUCACUGAAACCACUUCAAGAACGACUAGAUAAGAAUUACCGUUCUGCACAAAAAUUCGAAUUACAAAAUCAGAAAUUCUUGAAUAAAGAUCCAAUUAUACAUCAAAAUUUUACUAAAGACAAAGGAAAUGUUACAUGUAAAACGGAAAUUCGUCAAAAAGAAAAUACUACUACAAGAGCAUCGCCAUUGACAAAAAUGUCUAUCAAUACAAUGCUGGAGAAUUCAAUGUCUCCGUAUAAAUCAGAUGUUAACAAAACGCCACAUAUUAAGCGACCUUUAACAGUAAAAACUCCAAAAAGUUCUAAAUUAGUACGAAGGCCUCCAGUUGAUACACGUAGAACACCAUUGAAAGCAACAGCACAAUUAGGAACUCCAAAACGUCAAAGCCCUAAAAGUAUCUUGAAAACGAAAACUCUCAGUAUGCAUACAUAAUAGAUACACAUACUAUAAUCAUAAAUAUUAUAUGUUGAAUUCAUAUUAUUUUCAUAUAUAUACAUAUAUUAUUUUAAGAAAUUAUAUAAUUUUUAUACAUAUAUAUUUUUAUAAGUAUAAUAUCCGUUUUAUGGUGUUCCUAGUAUAUUAAAUACACUAAUAUUAAGAAUAUAUGCAAAAAUUAGUGAAAGAGUAGAAUGUCACAAAUAAAAUUAAUAAUAGUUAUUAAUAUAUAAAAGUUUAAAGUCACAAAUCACAAUUUCAAGUCAAUGACUAUAUAAAUAUGUGAUAUAUAAAGAGAUGCUCUGUGGAUUUCUAUUUUUCCAUAUUUUUUAUACAUUUAAAGGUUGGAAACAAAAUGAAAUUGUUAUUUGAAAUAUUUUUAAGAAACUAGUCAUUGCAUAAUUUGCCCUUGUUCACAUAUGUCCUCAUUAUACACAUCAUUCACAUGACAAAUUCAAAUCCAGUAAUAUUUAUAUUGUUGCUCAUUAACAUGUAAUACAAAUCAUCACAAUUGAUAUUUGAUUUGUGAAUGUA